AUGGAGGCUUUAUCUCUUCCUAUUACUUCCACUACUUUACUCCUUCUUUCCGAUGAUGAGGCAUUGAAUGAGGUGUUUACUGACUCAUUCGAUGAAAUUGUUCCCGAGGAGAUGGGAAUUGAUGUGGCUAACAGUGAGGACAUUGAGGAGCGCUCUGUUACGGUUAUGGAUGAGGAACAGGGUGUCAAUUUCCCGCCCUGGAAGGUGCAACGUCUCAUGUUGGAUUUUAACAAUCUGUCGAUUGAUGCAGACAUCACUACAGUUGAGGCGCGUUUGUGGCUCGGCUUGGGAUCUGUGAGCUUCUUCGAUCCCGAUGACAUUGAAGAAGAAUCUUUGGAUGACGCGGAUACCGACAGUAACUGCAGUGAUGCCUCGUUUGAUAAUCCUGCUUUUCUUAUCUCGCUCCGCUUUGGUGGUGAUACACUGCCUGGGCAACCGCAAAGCCUUAGCAGUCUCUAUGACGGCUGGUUGGCGGUGCAAGUGAAAAUGCUUCAAGAAACCACUCUCUAUCCCGUACCUACAGCAUGGGAGGUCGUAGAGGCUCUACUCGGUCACCUCACUUCAAGGGGAGGGGUGCGUGCCUGCAACCGGGUCAUCACUAUGGGACCGGGUGCGGGAUUAAUGCCUAUACGCAAUCCGCCACAAAUAUUGGAUCUCACAUUCUGUCUGGAGAAGGGUCAUUUAUUUCUCGAUCUAACUGCAAAACCGAGACGAUGGUGGAGGAGGUCACGCAGAGACUCUACACUAGUUCAAAAACAGUCCAACGCACCCAUUCGUAAGGUACCUCCUUUCAUUGCUAUACGUCACAACUUCUAG